CUAUGUCCACAAAACUGGACUAAUCUACAAGGUUCGUGCUACAAACGCUCGUCAGUGACCUCGAGCUGGAACUCUGCAAAAUCUGCUUGUGAGGCUAUGAGGUCUACGCUCGCCAUGGUAAAGUCACAAGCUGAACAACAAGCAGUUGCCUCGAUCAUAUCAGAAAAAACAUGGAUUGGUUUGCAAAGGGAUUCCAAAGAUAAUUCACCCUGGUUGUGGGUCGAUGGAUCGCACGCAACAUACUUUAACUGGGCCAAUAAAGGGCCCGACAACGCCGGCGGAAAAGAGUUUUGCGUACAAAUGUUUGUUUCGGGAAAAUGGAAUGAU